AUGGCGCACCAGAAUGACGCCCUAAAUUCGACUCUCCGCGAUGAGGAGACGGUCAGCUCUCUGCUCAAGUCCAAGCGCAAGGCUCGGGCAGUGAAAUCCUGCUUUCCAUGCCGCCAUCGUCGCGUGCGCUGUGAUGGCGGAUCGCCAUGUUCCAGCUGUCUCGCCCGCGGCCAUGCAGAACUCUGCCAGCGCCAAGCCGGGAUCUCCGCAGCUGCUCCGGCCCAACCCUCGGCGCCGACAGAGAGUGCCGAUGCCGAUCGGGCUGGUCUGCUGCUGGGAGGAAUCGGCAAGGAGCAGCAGCAGCAGGAGGAGGACCCGGAUCUCGUAAUCAAGCGGCUUGAGCAGAUUGAGGAACAGAUAAGUUCCAUCAAAGCCGACCUCAAGCGCAAAGCGCAGAGUCAAGCCCAAGAGACGGCGGCCGCCCACAGGGACUCCGUACGAGGCCCAACAAAGGCAGCGGGUCAGCACUUUAUCGAGCGCGACACGGGCGCCACCAUCUUUCUUGGGAGCCAUGCGGACCCGCCAACGGCAUUGGGUCUGAUGCCAUUGUUCGGUCCAAGCUCAGCCUUUGAUGGGUUGGCGCCGCGAACCUAUGCCUUUGCCAACCUGUGGACGCCCGAGAUUGACAUUGAAGAGGUUUGCAAGACUUUACCCGAGGAUCGCGAUAUAAUACGCUAUUGGCAAAUAUACCAGGCCUGCGUAUACCCCUAUUAUCCGGCGCUUGUGAGUUUAGAUGAGUUCAGUGUAUCGCUGUUCGCCUUUCUGGACUGCAACACCGAGGCACGCGCCAAGACAGUCUCGACAUGGUUGGGGCUUCUCUUUGCACUUCUCGCCUGUGGUGCUCAGUUCUCCGACGACCCUGUUGAGGAGCGAGAGUUGAGGUCCAAAGUCUUUGUCUGUUCUUCGUUUCAAUGCCUGCGCAUAUCAAAUCUUUUCAGCAACACCGACAUGAACACGAUCCAAGCCUUAGCGCUGAUCGGCCAUUGCCUACGUAAUAAUCUGGAUACAAAUACUGCGUGGAUAGUCAUGGGACUCACAAUACGAUUGGCGCAAAGCAUAGGAUUGCAUGAAGAGGCCCGGAGUGCCGAGUCCCCAGGUCCAGCUGUCAAGAGGAAGCGUCUUUGGUGGAUGCUUUUAUGGCAAGAUGCCUUUUUGUCAUUUACCUAUGAUCGCCCGCCAAGUACGAGUGUAGAAACCAUUGCAAUUCCGUACGAGUCCACAGAAGGGUACUCGUUUGCUGAUGCAACCCUGACUGUGAUUCAGAUCAUCUUGGAUCGCUCGAGAGAAGAGUCAAGUCAACUGAACACGCAACCUCGGUUUGAACACUACACACAUCGGCUCGCAGGAAUCCAGGAAGACUCGGCCCCUUUUCUCAAAGACAAGGCCAAUUGCAAGAGUCUCCAAGAGCACCUCGAGAGGCUGGCGCUGCAGAUCCACGUCGGCUACGCUCGGUGCCGCAUCUACCGUUUGUACCUGGAGAACAAUAAUCUGGACCCAGCCACCCGGGAGUCGCGGACGCUCGAGUACAGCGCCCACGCCGCCACCGUGGUGCAGAGCUUUCUUGACAUGCACCGCCUGUCGGCCAAUGCCUGCCGGGCCUCGGCCUUUAUCCACAACGUGGUCAGCUCCGCCGUGGCGCUCAAGGACCUGAUGAGCAGGAGUCGGCCGUCGAGUCCGGCCCCGGCCUGGGACGCCAACUUUGAGCAGUGCACCCAGCGCCUGAUCAAGGUCCUCGAGAGGGAGCAGGAAAAGUCCGAGUGGACCGACUCGGAUACCAAUGUCCGCCGCUUUGGCCCUUACUCGAGAGCGCUGUUGGCACUCAAGGAGACAUUUGGAUUGCCGCAGCAGAGUGUAUAA